AGUUAAAACCGGAGUGUGAGAGAGAAAAGCGCUUCAGUAGCGAGAGGGGCUGAGAAAGUGGUGACACCGCUGGGGUGCGGAGGGAGUCUCUCAAACUUCUCUCAACAGCCCCAGGGCCAAUCUCCCCUCAGCCCACUCCCCUCUUCGCCAGAUCCCUGGUCCCCACUCCCUGCACUGGGGGUGGGGUGGGGAACUGGGCCCGUCUCCCGCGGGGACACACACAGGGUCCGGGAGUGGGGACGGGACCCCCAGGCCGGGGGGGACGGACGGACAGACGGCCGCGCGGCCGCCCCAGCGGGCAGGCAGGCCGGAGGCGGGGGUACGGCCGGGAGGACCUGGGCUGGGGAGUUUCCUCUCAACUAUCGGGGGAGAAACUCCCCAUAGCUGGUGUUUUCCUCCCGGGGGCCGCGUUCCCCGCCCCGCGUAUCGGCGGUUGCCGCCGCCGCCGCCGGUGCUUCCACCUCUGCCAUCUCUUCACCACCUCGGGCCCCGGUGUCCCCGGCCAGCACUAUGCCCAUCUUACUGUUCCUGAUAGACACGUCUGCCUCUAUGAACCAGCGCAGCCAUCUGGGCACCACCUACCUGGACACGGCCAAAGGCGCGGUAGAGACCUUCAUGAAGCUCCGUGCCCGGGACCCUGCCAGCAGAGGAGACAGGUAUAUGCUGGUCACUUUCGAAGAGCCGCCCUAUGCUAUCAAGGCUGGAUGGAAAGAAAACCAUGCAACGUUUAUGAAUGAACUGAAAAACCUUCAGGCAGAAGGACUUACGACUCUUGGCCAAUCCCUAAGGACAGCUUUUGAUUUGUUAAAUUUAAAUAGAUUAGUAACUGGCAUAGACAACUAUGGGCAGGGAAGAAACCCCUUUUUCUUGGAGCCAGCAAUAAUAAUUACAAUCACUGAUGGGAGCAAGUUGACUACUACUAGUGGUGUCCAGGAUGAGCUUCAUUUACCUCUGAAUUCGCCGUUGCCUGGAAGUGAAUUGACCAAGGAACCUUUUCGUUGGGAUCAGAGACUAUUUGCUUUAGUGCUGCGGUUGCCUGGCACCAUGUCGGUGGAAUCAGAACAGUUGACAGGUGUGCCUUUGGAUGAUUCUGCUAUCACACCAAUGUGUGAAGUGACAGGAGGCCGGUCAUACUCUGUAUGUUCUCCAAGAAUGCUUAAUCAGUGUCUGGAAUCCUUGGUGCAGAAAGUACAAAGUGGGGUGGUAAUAAACUUUGAAAAGGCAGGACCAGAUCCUCCCCCUGCUGAAGCAGAGGGGCAGCCAGAUAUAUCAAGACCUUUUGGAUCUCAGCCUUGGCAUAGCUGUCACAAGCUCAUAUAUGUCAGACCAAAUCCUAAAACUGGGGUUCCUAUAGGCCAUUGGCCUGUUCCAGAGUCUUUUUGGCCAGAUCAGAAUUCUCCAACACUACCACCUCGUACAUCUCAUCCUGUAGUGAAGUUUUCCUGUACAGACUGUGAGCCAAUGGUUAUUGACAAAUUGCCUUUUGACAAAUAUGAGUUGGAACCUUCACCACUGACUCAGUUUAUUCUAGAAAGGAAAUCUCCUCAAACGUGUUGGCAGGUGUAUGUGAGCAAUAGUGCAAAGUAUAAUGAACUUGGCCAUCCCUUUGGUUACUUGAAAGCUAGUACAGCACUGACCUGUGUCAACUUAUUUGUGAUGCCUUACAAUUACCCAGUCCUCCUUCCUCUAUUAGAUGACUUGUUCAAAGUGCACAAAGCAAAACCAACUCUGAAAUGGAGACAGUCAUUUGAAAGUUAUUUGAAGACAAUGCCUCCCUACUAUCUUGGGCCCCUGAAGAAAGCUGUUAGAAUGAUGGGUGCACCUAAUCUGAUAGCAGACAGUAUGGAGUAUGGACUCAGUUACAGUGUCAUUUCAUACCUCAAAAAAUUGAGUCAACAGGCCAAAAUUGAAUCUGAUAGAGUCAUCGGAUCCGUAGGCAAAAAAGUAGUACAGGAAACUGGAAUUAAAGUCCGAAGCCGGUCACAUGGGUUGUCAAUGGCGCAUAGGAAAGGUUUUCAAGUGCUGCAGGGUAUUUCGGAGGAUGUCCCCCACAGGUUGCUAGACCUUAAUAUGAAGGAGUACACUGGGUUCCAGGUUGCUUUACUAAAUAAGGAUUUGAAGCCUCAGACCUUUAGAAACGCUUAUGAUAUACCAAGACGGAACCUUCUGGAUCAUUUAACAAGAAUGAGAUCGAACCUUUUAAAGAGCACCCGCAAAUUUCUUAAAGGCCAGGAUGAAGAUCAAGUGCACAGUGUACCUAUAGCACAAAUGGGGAAUUACCAGGAAUACCUCAAGCAAGUACCUUCUCCAUUGAGAGAACUUGAUCCUGAUCAGCCUCGAAGGUUGCAUACAUUUGGCAAUCCCUUUAAACUGGAUAAAAAGGGUAUGAUGAUAGAUGAAGCAGAUGAAUUUGUGGCUGGACCUCAGAAUAAACACAAGCGGCCUGGAGAGCCAAGCAUGCAAGGGAUCCCAAAAAGACGCCGGUGUGCCUCUCCACUCUUGAGAGGCCGAAGGCAGAGCCCUGCUGUGAACAGUCACAUCGGAGGGAAAGGACCACCUGCACCCAUGACGCAAGCACAGCCAGGUCUUAUUAAACCCCUUCCUCUGCAUAAAGAAGCCACUAAUGAUUCAAUAGUAGAUGAUGUGGUUGAAAAUCAUGUUGCUGACCAACUUUCAUCAGACAUGACACCAAAUGCUAUGGAUACUGAAUUUUUAACAUCUCCCCCUAAUCUUUUGGAACCAUCAACCAAUCAUACAGAGGCCCUUGGUCAUGAACAUUUAGGAAACAAUGACCUCACUGUUGGUGGGUUUUUAGAAAAUCAUGAGGAGCCAAGAAAUAAAGAACAAAGUGCCGAAGAGAAUAUACCAGCAUCUUCACUCAACAAAGGAAAGAAAUUGAUGCAUUGUAGAAGCCAUGAAGAGGUCAACACUGAACUAAAAGCACAAAUAAUGAAAGAGAUCAGAAAGCCAGGAAGAAAAUAUGAAAGAAUCUUCACCUUACUGAAGCAUGUGCAAGGCAGUUUACAAACAAGGCUAAUAUUCUUACAAAAUGUCAUUAAGGAAGCAUCCAGGUUUAAGAAACGAAUGCUAAUAGAACAACUGGAGAACUUCUUGGAUGAAAUUCAUCGAAGAGCCAAUCAAAUCAACCAUAUUAAUAGCAAUUAAAAGAAAAUAGAAUGAGGCCACUUAUUUCAUUGUCUUCUCCAAAUACAAAGUAAAUACAAGACUGUUGUAAUCUUGUAUUCAUUCUUUGACAUGCAUUGUUGGCUAUUUGAGAUACUAAAAACAUUCUACAGUUCCUUUCCAUCAUUUUACAGUGCCCUUUUCAUUUUAGCUUACUUUUGUAAAGUGAAAAGUAUCACAAAUUUUUUUUCUUUCUUCCCUUUUUUCUUUUUCUUUCUUUCUUUUUUUUAACCAACUAAAACUAUUCUUCAAAUCCUCUGCUUGUCAUUGGCUCUUGCGUGUCAGUUUCCCUCAGGUUAUAUUUUCUUAAACCAACCUUUAAAAUUGUCAGCUCUGUUAAGGUUGAACUUUGCCAAAAAAAGAAAAAAAAAGAAAAAAAAUUAAAAACAAGUUACUUUGUAAUUUUUGGGGAAAAAAAGCACAUACAUUAAAAACUAGGUAAUGUUUUGUAUAUACAGUUAUUUUGGAUAUAUUAUUGUAAGUUGUACAAAUGUAUUUUGAAGAAUAUUUAAGAAAAGCACUUUUGUUAUUCCAUCAAUAAAUGCUCUAUUUUACUCUUGUGUGGUUUAGGAAAUAAUCACAUUUAAAGUAACUACUUAAAAACAUUCUAAAACAAUGGAAUUUUAAAGGCCUUGCUUUUUAGCAUUAAAAAAUACACAACUUAAUAUUUGUUAAACUAAUGUAAUUAUAUGUUACAUAGCCUGCAUUGUCUUUUUAACUAUUAUAUGUUCUUAGUUUUUGUUGGCCAUGCCAAUAUACUCCACUCUUGCCUGGAUAAUGGUAAUACUUACUAGGUCUGUGGCAGAUAGACAGAUGGGCAGUUUUUUUUAAAAACAGUUUUAAAAGUAGAUGAGUUGGGGCAUUAUUGGCUUCUUAACACCUUUCAACCUUUCUUACAGGAUUUAGAUGGCACUCUAGCUGUUAGUUAAGGUGUGAUAGCUUUAGGGUAUAUCAUAUUUGGAGAAGGCUAGUAUGCCGACAUUUGGUCCCCUCCCUCCCCCGAUGCUUAGGUGAGUUUAUAAUAUGAUAAUUCAGAGUGGAUCUCUUGGUUCUGCUCCCUGAUUCUCAGAAUCUAACUGGAGAGGAAACAGACUUAGACGGCUGUACUCAUUUCUUUCCCCCUUAUUUGCACAGGAUGAGGAUAUCUGGCACUCCAUUCUCCAUCCUCACAGGGCUGCACAUCUUUACUAAGGAUGUGACCAUGUGUCCUGACUCAUGCACAUAUUCAUAGAUCACUGCCGUGCCUUUUAGUGGUUUGGAGGGAACCAGUAGAAAAGGUUAGAGUUUUUAGAUUUGGAAUAACCAAGGUGAAAAAAAAUACCCUUUAAAUUAUUUUUUUAAUUGAAUUAUUUUUAGAUUAAUAAUAUUUGGAAAUCACAUACUCUUAAAAGAAAUUGUAAAUAUUUAUGAAGGAAAGCAUACAUAGAGAAAACAUUCUUGAGGUCUGCUAUUUUAGUCAAGGGGAUUUGAAACUCUUCCGAUACUGAAGACAAACCCUGUAAAGAAAAAGAAACAUUUCAUGUGACUUGUGGUAUUUUCAUAAAACAAUUCAUUAAACAUUUCUAACGUCUUCACAAUUUCUGGAAGUAAAUGAAGAUAUAAUUUAGAGAUGGAAUUAUUAAAAUAAUUGCCUGUAAUCACACUGCUAAAUUUAUACCAAACUAUACAAAAUCCAGAUUAACUUUGUGGUUGUGAAUUAUGUGUAUUAAGAGUGAGAUCAGUGGGAACACUGGAGUCAUUUAGAUAGGAAUUAUAUUUAGUCAGCACAUGGGGGCUGUCCUUGGAAGGGUCUUUAUGUCAUAAGCAUGGUGGAAUAAUUCUCAGAUCUUCUUCCUUUACUACAAUUUCCAAAAUGAACCCCCAAGGAGUGUAAAAUAACAGGAUCUUCUGUGUCUGUGUUCUACCCUUCUCCCUUUCCCCACUCCUCCUCUCUGUUCCUUUCUCUGUCUGGCAUAAUACUGUUUACAUUUCUAAUACUAAAACUUAGUCUGAAAAUUUGCAGCCUAUCAAAAACUAAAGCUUAAGAUUCCAUCCACCUCAGGCUUUUGCCUUUCAAAGAUGGUGGGCAAGUUAGUCAAGCUAGUGAAGUUUCUACAGAAUCCUUGUUAGCCAAGGCAAGGGAGGAUAUAUUUGGGGAUGGGUAUUUUAUUCUUUGAGAUCGUGGAAUGAUGUUGUGUUGGACAAGUGCUCUCCAAAGGGUUAAUGUUAGAGUUCUAAUUUUCCUUAAUGUUCCCCUAUGUGUCCUAUUUGUUAGUUGAUUCAUUCAUCAGUAUAAGACUUGUAAGCUUUUAACAGUGAAGGCCGAGACUUUUUUUAGGUUAUUUUUAUUUUAAGAGUUUUGUCUACAUGUAUGUAAGUGCACUACAUGCGGGCCUAGUGCUUGUAGAAGCCCAAAGAGAAGAGAGUGUGAGAUUCCCUGGAACUGGAGCUGCAGACUCCUAGGAGUUUCCAUGUGGGUGCUGGGAAGCAAAUGCUCUUAACCAUGGCCAUCUUCUAGCCCCAGCUGAAGGGUCUAAGGGAUUUAAAAAUCCCUUAAGUGAUAUCAGAAAAUUAUCCACUUUGCCUUGGGUAAUGUGAACAACCAUCAUCCAGAAAACUAAAAAGCUACAAGGACGGAGACUGGUGAGUUAGGGAACUGGUUUUUUUAUUAGACUUGUAUUUUCAUUUUGAUACUUGAGCGGUAAAAAUUAUAUUGUUGAAAGUGUGGUGUGUCUUUUCUAGUCUAACAGCUUUACAUGGUUUUUAAUACAGUUGAAUUUUAAGGAUCUGUUAUUUGUCUUCUAACUGUCCUCUUUACUGGAUAUGAGCUUUAGGCAGUGGCCCUUCUGUUCAAGGUUAGUCCUCCCUCUUUGAGAGUUUAAUUUAAAACUUGCUUUUUGUUGUUACAAUUAUUAUUUUUAUUAUUUUUUACAUAAUCUCUGCUGUCUGUUCUUAGUGACCAGUGCCGUUUUGUGUAGUCACAGUCACUGUGGGGUCGGGAUAAUCAUGGUGAAGUUAUGUUAUGAACUCCUUCUUCCCAAAUAAUCUCCAAGUAGAUAAUUUUCCAGGAAAUGAUUACCUACAUCCUUUUGUCAAGAAAUGUUCUUUUGAUUUCUAGCACAAAUAUGACAGUAUACAAAUGAUUCUCAGAUAAAAUGAUGUUGACAGUAUUUUCUUUUAACAGUCUGUGUUAAACUAUGCUAAUUUUCAUUCUAACUUUCGAUAUUCUUUCCACAAAUAAAAGUGAUGCCUGAUGUUUAGUUAAAGUAGG